CACGUCCACUCUGUCACUUCCGGUUGUGAACGCAGCGAGCUCAACACGCACGUGAGAGCAGAAUCAGCCAAAACAGACCGCUGUCACACAAAAUGGACAUCACAGAGGUCCCCGUGAGUCAGGACAGCACAGGUAAGAAGAAGAAGAACAAGAAACCGAAAAAGAAGAGUCCGGAGGGGAAUGCGGAAGGCAGCGGGGUUGAGAAAGAGGAGGAGAAGAUGGAGAAGAGCGAGCCAGGAGCAGCUGCCUUUCCCCCCACCUUCAGUGUGUCCGAGAUCAAGAACAAACAGCGGAGACACCUCAUGUUCAUGAAAUUCAAGCAGGAGAAAAGAAAGCAAAAGAUGCAGCUUAAAAAAAAGAAGAAAAAAGAAAGGGAAGCUUUAGGUGACAAGGCCCCACCAAAAGAGGUGCCAAAGACGAUAGAAAACCAGAGGGUGUUUGACGAGACAAUGGUUGACCCAGAAGAUGAAGAGGUUGCAUUUGACGAGGGAACCGAUGAGUUCUCUGCCUACUUCAACGGGCUGACAAACCCCAAAGUGCUCAUCACAACCUCAGACAGACCAAGAGGGAGGACUGUGAAGUUUUGUGAGCAGCUGGCCACAGUAAUCCCAAACGCCCACGUGUACUACAGAAGAGGUUUGGCCCUGAAGAGGGUCAUUCCUCAGUGCGUCGCCAGGAACUUCACCUACCUCAUGGUCAUCAACGAGGAUCGCAAAAUGCCCAAUGGUAUGGUUCUGUGUCACCUACCUGACGGGCCGACUGCACACUUCAAGAUCAGCAGUGUUCGACUACGUAAGGAGAUGAAGAGACGAGGCAAAGAUCCAACUGAACACUCUCCAGAGGUGAUCCUCAAUAACUUCAGCACGCGUCUGGGCCACAGCAUCGGCCGGCUGUUCGCCGCUCUCUUCCCGCAAGACCCCCAGUUUGUGGGUCGACAGGUCGCCACCUUCCACAACCAGAGAGACUUCGUCUUUUUCAGAUUCCACAGAUACAUCUUCAAGAAUGAGAAGAAAGUUGGGAUUCAAGAGCUGGGACCUCGCUUCACCCUCAAACUCCGCUCCCUACAGAAAGGCACCUUUGAUUCAAAGUUUGGGGAGUACGAGUGGGUCCUGAAGCGCCAUGAGAUGGAUGCCUGCAGGCGGAAGUUCCAGCUUUGAGCGCAGAAUAUCAACCAGCCUUUGUGGUCAAGACAAGGACCACGUUGUCUAUUGUCCAAGAUAUUACUGCUGUUUGUGGCUUUGCACAAACAGACUUUUAUUGUGGAUAUCCAGAUUCUUUGUGGACGACCAGUGGCAACACUUGUCCCGUCAACACCGAUGACGGGAUUUUAUGAGAUAACGCUGCUGUGGAUCGGACACACUCACCCUGAAAAUGACUUCUGUUUUCUGGAGACCAAGUGUGGGACAUUACCCCCUCUGUUAGUCGGGAGAAAUGCAGGCCCUCCACAUGAAUCCCGAUAACCUGAAAAUUCUGACCUGCGAGUGUAUGUGAAAGUUGUCAUUGUGAGCCUGCCCUGGUCAGUCAUGCAUGCAGACAUACAUCUGUAUAAUCCUGGUCUGUGCAAAUUAUAUAAGGCAAAGUGCAACAGUGGCCAGUGUCUGGAAAUGGGUAGGUGCUUAUAUCUGUCUACAGUGCAGCUGCUUUUGUAUGCGACAGGACUUUAAAAAUAACUAUGGAUUGAACACUUUUCAGAUUUCUAAAUGUGUAUACUCCUUUUUAAUAAAACAUGUUGCUGCACGUUCAAAA